UACAGGUGUGAGCCACCAAGACUGGCAAUUUCUGCUUUUAUAUUAUUUAUUUAUUUGUGUUUCUUUUGGAUUCCCUGGUUGUUCUUCUAUUAGAUUUUUGAGGCAAUGCUUUAAUUUAUUUAAUUUUAUUCUUUCAUUUUUACUGAUCAGAGUAUUUAGCGGUCUGAAUCUGCCUCCAAUCACUGCUUUAAAUAUCUUCUACAGAUUCUCAUACGUAAGCGCCCAUUGUCACUCUUCUUAAAUAUUUCUGUAACUUCAGUUUGUGUCUCCUUUUUAUCUCAACAUUUGCUUAACAGAAGGCUUAAACAUUUUUUUUUUCUAAGUAGAAGACCCUUUCUGAUUUCAGUUUCUGUUAGUAAGUUCUACUUUUGUUUCACCACGAUUGCAAAGGGUUGGGUGUAAUAUUUCUACUUCAUGGAAAUUAAUGAGGUCUUCACUGUGAGAUAAUUAUAAUCGUGUUUCAUUAACGUGCCAUCAGCUUCUGACAAGGUGGUUUAUCCUUCAUUUCCAAGGUGUAGAGUUAUGCGUGCAUGUGUGUGUGUAUCUAUGCCUAUGUGUAUAUACACACAUACAAUGUAUCUUAUGAAUUAUGUUGUUUAGAUUUUCUGUAUACUUCUCUUUAUUGUACCACCGGAUUUGCCUUGUACUGAGACUUGCCAUGUAUUAAAUCUCCUAUUACUACCGUGGUUCAACGCCUCCAUACUUUUUGGCCUUACGAAGGUGGAUGCUAUGUUUUCCCGAGGCUUAGGACUUGAAUGGAGAACUUGUCAUUUGGAAAUUCGUCAAAGAGUCCUGCUACCUCAUUUGUAUCCAGUGUAUGUGUCUCUCUGUGGACUUUCUACCAGAGACAUCACUGUCCUAUCCCAGAGCUCUCAGGUUACCCACCUAAAACUGUUGAGUCUGAGUAACAAUCAGAUGCCCUGGGAAGUUUCUGGGCCAUUCCUGGCUCUGCUGGAGAAGGUCUCAGGGACCCUGCAGCAUCUGGAGAUAGACAACUGCCUGAUAACUGAUUUUACUUUCUCUGUGGUCACCCCAGCCCUGAGCCACUGUUCCCACCUCUGUGUCCCUAGCUUUGUCUUCAACCCCAUUACAAUGCCGGUGCUCACAAGUCUUCUGCAGCGCUUAACAGCCUGGAUGGAGCUGAAGUAUGUGAUUUAUCCUGUUCCUGUCCAUGGCUAUAAACAAUGGCGUUGUCGUGGCAGUUUGGACAUAAAAGCUUGCUGAACUGCAGGCCCAAUUGAAGGUGAUGCUACAGGCAGUACAGCAGAACAACAUGAACUAGGACACCCAUCCUGAGUGAUUUUCACGGGACAAGGAGCUGUUUCAUCACUGACGUGUGGCCACUAAAACAGAAUGUUCUUGCCUGAAGCCCAGUUUUUAAAGACACAUAAUGUAAAAUUCUGCUAUUCCAGGAACCUGGUGUUAGGAAGAUUGGGUGUGUAACUGACCUCUAUAAGAGAAAAGCCCUAAGAAGAAAACAGCAGACAUUGAGAAGUGCUGUGGGUCUCUAGUCCAUUGUCCUCUACAUCCUCCAUCUCGUUACUGACCACAGUGUUGGGUAUGUGACGUGGGCUGACCCAGUCAUGGCACACCAUUUCCCCAUCCACACUGAUCGGUUCACUUAUGGGUACUUGACACCAGUCAGGACAAUUGAAACCUUUCCUGGAUGUUUUUCUGGAGUAGGUGCUGGUUACUGAAGCCAAUAAUAUUACUCACUGAAUUCCUUUGAUCUUCUUGUAUUCACGAUUGCCUCAGGCUGCUUAUGAGAAACCGCUGGCAAUUAAAAUGAUAAACAACAACAAUAAACAAACUAUGCCCACUA